UCAACAUCAAAACCCAAGGUCAACGAUGUAAAUGAUAAGAAAACUAAAUCCAUUAUUAAAAGAAAAUCCAUCAAAUAUAACUGUAAAGCUCUGAAAAAGACUUCUUUAAGACGAUCAUUAAGAAAGUCAUCCAUAAAGAUUCAUACAGAGGAAGAUGUAUCUGAUGAUGAUCUUAACAUUUUACAUCAAUGGAAGGGAACAUCAAAUGCUAUGAAGACACUUCCAAAAGAUCUUUACAUAAAUACCGCUACAAUCCCCAAAGCAGGCAGGGGUGUUUUUACAAGGAAAAAAGUUGAAAUUAACACUCAUUUUGGACCAUACAGAGGAGAGGUACUUUCGCUUAAAGACGCAGAGGAUGGAAGAGAUACUUCGUAUAUGUGGGAGAUUGUACAAGGAGGAAAGGUUGUAUAUUGCAUUGAUGGUAAGGAUCUUGCUCGAGGUAAUUGGAUGAGAUUUGUGAAUUGUGCCCGAUUUGAAGAAGAACAAAAUAUAAUUGCAUAUCAAUAUAAUGGAGAAAUUUACUACCGAGUUUAUAAAGAGAUUGAAGCCGAUAAAGAAUUGCUCGUUUGGUAUGGAGAUGAGUAUGCUGAACAGUUAGGAAUAUCGUUGUUUGAUGAGGAAGAUAAUGACAAGCAUCAGUUUGAAGUUGGAGGUCACAGCUGUAGACACUGUGGAAGGAUGUAUACUUAUCCCGAUUAUUUAGAAAAACAUUUAAAACGAUGUCCAAUGCUUGUUUGUACGAAUCCUUGGGAAUGUCCACGUUGUGGUCGAAAGUACAGUAGUGAAGACUAUCUAAAUGUUCACAUGAAAAAUGAAUGCGGAAAAAAUCCACGAUUAAAACGACAUGUGAGGGUUCAAACAGGAGAGAAACCUUAUCAAUGCAAACAUUGUGGUAAAACAUUUAGACAACUUUCUAAAUUGAAUGAACAUGUUAGGAUACAUACAGGAGAGAAACCUUAUCAAUGUCAACAUUGUGGUAAAACAUUUACACUGCUUGGUACCUUAAAACGUCACAUAAAGAUACAUACCGGAGAGAAACCUUAUCAAUGUGAACAUUGUGGUAAAACAUUUAGACAACUUUCUAAAUUGAAUGAACAUGUUAGGAUACAUACCGGAGAGAAACCUUAUCAAUGUAAACAUUGUGGUAAAAGAUUUACUGUGCUUGGUAACUUAAAAAAACACGUAAGGAUACAUACGGGAGAGAAACCUUAUCAAUGUAAACACUGUGGUAAAACCUUUACACUGCUUGGUAACUUAAAACGUCACAUAAAGAUACAUACCGGAGAGAAACCUUAUCAAUGUGAACAUUGUGGUAAAAGAUUUAAUAACAAGGGUAACUUGAAAACACACAUUACGAUACAUACUGGGGAGAAACCUUAUCAAUGUGAACAUUGUGGUAAAGGAUUUAAUAAGAAGGGUAACUUGAAAACACACAUUAGGAUACAUACUGGGGAGAAACCUUAUCAAUGUGAACAUUGUGGUAAAAGAUUUAAUAACAAGGGUGACUUGAAAACACACAUUAGGAUACAUACUGGGGAGAAACCUUAUCAAUGUGAACACUGUGGUAAAAGAUUUGCAACGCGUGGUAGCUUCAUUCGACACGUAAAGAUUCAUGCUGGUUUAUAAUGUGGAUAGACAUUUACAAGGAUUGAUUGACAGUAACGUUUACAAGAAGAGGAGGAGUGGGGCUUAGCCCUCACAUUCAAUCGAAGGAGCGCCAUUGUGAAAAAGGAAGUCCGUGUAGAAACUAUGAUGGAGGUGAUGACCAGUGAAUUGUCUAUGUUACGAACGAAUUAUACUAAAUCGCACCCAGAAACACAGGAAAUGGUUUGUUGUUUCUCUAAUAAAUUUUUGUAAAUAAAAUAAACGAUUUGAACCCGUUAAUAUAAAUGUAUGUUUGUAAAUGUUUAUCGUCCAGGUUGGUGCAUCGCCAAGAAGAAUUGACGGUGUUGUUGCUUGGGCUACCGAAGUGACGAGUUUAAAAUUCGAUUUUUUUCUAAAUCACGCGUGAGUGUCACAAAUGAAUGUUUAAUGAAUGACGAUUUACUUACAUAAUAGAUUACCACAUAUGAUGUGACAUUGCAUCACCGUUAAGUUAGUUGUUGCAUCUGGUAACUAUUAUAUAUAACAUUGUUCUUGAGUA